GUGUGAGCAGUAACAGUAACCGGACGCACCUCUGGACAACAUCCGCGAUGUGAAGCUGCCGGAACCAAACCGUGAAGAGGUGUUCUGCGUGUGCGGGAUGUUCACCGCGUAAACCUUUUACAAAACCCAAACGCACAGGAGAUGAGAUGAUCUGAGAUGAUCUGAGAUGAGAGCGGUGUCCUGGCGAUGCGCACUACACACACUCACAUGAAAUCGGAGCGUCACGGAGGCUGAGCGGCUCCUGGGGUACGGGAAGAGAUCCGGACCCACAACAUUAAAGGAAUCCCCCUCCACACACACACACACACACACGCACACACACACGCACACACACACACACACAUCACGCAAGGCUGAUAGAGAAAGUUUCCUGAUGGCCCUUGUCAUGGAACCUGUGAGCAAAUGGAGUCCCAUUCAGGUGGUGGACUGGAUGAAAGGACUGGACGACUGUCUGCAGCAGUACAUCAAGAACUUCGAGCGAGAGAAAGUAGGAGGUGAUCAGCUGCUCCGCAUCACCCAUCAGGAGCUGGAGGAUCUCGGCGUGUCACGGAUCGGACACCAGGAGCUCAUCCUGGAGGCGGUGGACCUGCUGUGUGCUCUGAAUUACGGACUCGAAACGGAGAACCUGAAAACCCUUUCUCACAAACUCAACGCCUCGGCAAAGAACCUGCAGAACUUCAUCACGGGCCGCAGACGAAGCGGACACUAUGAUGGCAGAACCACACGGAAACUCCCCAAUGACUUCCUGACGUCUGUCGUCGACCUGAUCGCUGCGGCCAAGAGUCUGCUGGCCUGGCUGGAUAGGUGCUACUUCUUUUUCAGGUCUCCUUUUGCUGCAGUGACGGAUUAUUCAGUGACGAGGAACAACGUGAUCCAGCUGUGUCUCGAACUCACUACCAUCGUACAGCAGGACUGCACUGUUUAUGAGACGGAGAAUAAAAUCCUUCAUGUGUGUAAGACGCUAUCUGGGGUGUGUGAUCACAUCAUCUCUCUCUCUUCGGACCCUCUGGUGUCUCAGUCGGCUCAUCUCGAGGUGGUCCAGCUGGCCAACAUCAAGCCCAGUGAGGGACUGGGCAUGUACAUCAAAUCAACAUAUGAUGGGCUUCAUGUUAUUACUGGAACAACCGAGGGAUCUCCAGCAGAUCGCUGUAAGAAGAUCCACGCAGGUGAUGAGGUGAUCCAGGUGAACCAUCAGACAGUGGUGGGCUGGCAGUUGAAAAACUUGGUAAACUCCCUGCGUGGUGACCCUGGAGGGGUGAUGCUGACUCUGAAAAAGCGUCCCCAGAGCACGCUCACCUCGGCCCCAGCACUGCUUAAGAACAUGAGGUGGAAGCCCCUGGCCCUUCAGCCUGUAGCUCCCAAGAGCCCCACUAGCAGCUCGGCCACGCCCACCAGCACCAUCAGCACGCCCACCAAACGGGACAGCUCCGCCCUCCAUGACCUGUACAUCCCGCCCCCUCCCCCUGAGCCCUACACACCCAGGGAUGACCAGGGGAAUCUCCCCAGUGAAGAUCGAGGUCAGGGACUUCCUACAGCAAAAGGCUCUGAGUCUCCAAACUCCUUCCUGGAUCAAGAAUAUCGUCGUCACUUCCCUCUGAUGGAGGAUGAAGCUGUACUCUACUGCUACGAUUACGAGCCAGGACGUGGACACCCGCCCUCUCGCAGAGAUGCCACACCCACUUAUGGUCGUUUAAGACCAAUCUCUAUGCCUGUGGAGUAUAACUGGGUCCCGGACUAUGAAGAUCCGGCCAGACUGAAGAGAGAGGGCAGGAGAGAUAACUCGAUGCUCCGCUACAUAAACGAAGAGAAGGUUCCAGAGGAAUAUCUGACCGGACGCAGCGCUAAGCGUGACACGGGCAAACGGACCAAGAAGAAAAGCGAGAAGAGCAGUAGCCCCUCCCACUACGGCCUGCUGCCGGCCCUACAGAUGGAGGUCCUGCGUCAGGAGUCCAUGUCCACCCCGAGCUCGGACUCCACCUCACUGUACCAUACAUUCCAGGGAUCCUCCCUACUAUCAAAAUCCAAGAAGAAAAACAAAGGCGCGACUUUGUCCUCCAUCAGCAAGAGGAGAAUCUCCUGCAAGGACUUGGGUCGAGGAGACUGCGAAGGCUGGCUCUGGAAGAAGAAGGAUGCCAAAAGCUACUUUUCUCAAAAAUGGAAGAAGUACUGGUUUGUCCUGAAGGAUGCCUGCCUCUACUGGUACAUGAACGAGGAGGAUGAGAAAGCUGAAGGGUUUGUCAGCCUCCCGGAGUUCAAAAUUGACCGUGCCAGCGAGUGCCGCAAGAAGUAUGCUUUUAAAGCGUGUCACCCCAAAAUCAAGAGCUUCUACUUCGCAGCCGACGGAGUGGACGACAUGAACAGGUGGCUGAGUCGGCUAAACAUGGCGGCCGCCGGCUAUGCUGAGAGAGAGAAGAUUCGUCAGGAGCAAGCUGAUUACUGGAGUGAAAGUGAACAUGAGGACAAUGAAACCCCAUCCACGCCGAAGCAGGACAGUCCACCACCACCAUACGACACGUACCCCCGCCCCCCCUCAAUGACCUGCGCGAGUCCGUACCCGGGUCCCAAACACGGCCGGCUGUCAUCCACCGAAACCUCACACUCGCGCUCGUCUCAUGAGGAGUACCGCUCAGAUCCUCCUGGUGGUGGGGGUAGCAGCAGCGGUGGUGGUUCUCCGGCCCGGAAGUCUGCGAGUCAGCGGCGUUCGUGGCAGGACCUGAUUGAGACGCCGCUCACCAGCUCGGGGCUCCACUACCUGCAGACGCUGCCUCUGGAGGACGCUGUGUUUGUUGAGCCGGGCAACGCGAUGUCCCCCGAGCGCCGCCGCCAGUCCACGCUGCCCGCCCAGCGCACGCUUCUGCAGGAGCACUACGGACCCUUCGACAUGCUUGAGGGUGAGCGUCUACGAGACCCUGUGGCAGGUGGAGGGAAACCCCGCAGCUUCACACUGCCACGUGACAGCGGCCUUCACGCGCUCCUCUCACCAUCCACUAGCAUGGCAGAGCAACGGGAUCCUGCACACAGAGGUGACGGCGUGGAGCAUGAGCGUCGGUGCCACGCCGACUCUCUGGGAGAUCUGUACCGGGCGCUAGAGCGUGCCAGCGUGUCUCCUCUGGGUGAUCCACGUCUCUCCACCCAUCUCGAGUACAAGCACUCGUUUGUGCGCAGAUGCAACGACCCGCUGCUCAACGACAAAGUUCACCGCCUGCGCAUCCUACAGAGCACGCUCAAGGACAGGGAAGGCGAGAUAGCAGUGAUUGACAAGCUGCUGGACAAACCCAAGCUCACAUCCUCCGACUUCCAGGAGUGGAAGAGAACGUACAUGGAGCUGUUCUCAGCCGAAGACAAGAAGGAGCGGCAGCCUAGUCCACUGUCAGAGCCGAGCCCGGCGUCCACUCCUGAACCCACGCCGCGCACGCCGUCCCUCUCACACACACACUCUUACAUCGAGACUCAUGUCUGAAUCACACACACACACACACACACACACACACACACACACACACACACACACACACACACACACACUCACACACACACAUUAUCAGGUUGUAAGUGGCCCGUCUCAGAACCUUACUCUACCAGUACUGUACGUUUAUUUAUACUUCAGCUCUGUGUGAAGACACCAAACUCACUUCUGUAAUAAACGUUUGAGGGCAUUUGUUAAAGUUUAAUGCCUGAAUCUGUAAAUUCAGACAUGGAGGGAAAAAGCUCUGAUGGUGUAACGAUUAGGUAAUGAUGGAGUAACUUUGGAUGUGAUGGAUAAAAACAGUUUGGAGAUGUUUUCCAUCCUGUGUCUCAUCUGUACAGCAUUUCUGUUACUCUCUCUAUUCGACAUCUGCCCUUAGUCGUCUGUUAUCGGUUCAUUUGGAGUCAAUUUACUGACGUAGUUUUGUAAGGAAAAACUCAAACGACACACUAGAGACGAUAGAGCUUACUCAAACAAACAAACAAACAAACAAACAAACAAACAAACAAACAAACAAAUGAUAGCAUAUUCCUUUAAUUGUGUAAUCUAAUAGACACACAUUGUUUGUGUUAAAAAUGCAAACAAACAAACAAACAAAUAAACAAACCAGCAGCCUCGACUCAUAACACUGGAUUUGGAAGCACCGGUUACUGGUUUUAACCACUGCAAUGUUUCCUGGGACCCUAACAAAAGCGAUGGCCUUCACACACGGCACUAGGACAGAAUCAUGCCCAGGUCCGUGAUGUAACAGAACCACAGGAUAGACCGCACAAAUAUGGACUUUGAAACCGAAGCCUGGAAGUGUGGAGCAAAAGAAACCUGGACAUCACUAAUAUAAUAUCAUGUUUUUAUUAUUUUUUAGCUGAUGUUAAUUAGUUUAUAUGCUGAACUAGCUGCUUAACUCAUCGUCACAAUUUAUGAUCGAAUCUUAAAGAUCUUAAGAGUCCGAAUGUCCGUAUCUGUCCGUCUGUACUACAGCAGUGAGCCGCUUCCGAAGUCGCUAGCUAACGUCACCAGCUAGUUCAGUGGACAGGAUGAAGUGUGCUCAGUUACAGUAAACUCACGUGGUGGUGGUGUGUGUGUGUGUGUGUGUGUGUGGAUGUUUGUUAAUGUCACCCGGAGAAGUCUUGCUGUAGAAACCUGAACUCUGGUCUUUAUUUAUCUUCUUUUUCUAAACUAAACUGAACUAAAUAUUCCUGUCAGAGUCAAAUUUAUGAAGGCUGAUAAACACCAAUCCACCAUAAAUGACUGAGAAAGUUUACAGCGUUUACAUUUAGCCACACCCACAAAAAUCCAUAAAAGGCAAAGCUCAUUAAGACAAACGGAAAAUCUUUCUAUAAUGCAGCUCAGCCAUCACGGCUCGUCGUCUGUCACAGAAACUCACCGGAUCUUUUUUUUUAAAAAAUCACCAAUUUAGCUGUAAAUUUAUUUGUAUCCUGCUCAACAAAUGAAGCCCACUGUUUGCUAACUAGCUUAUUGCUAGGUUGAUGAUGGUGAACUAACAAGUAAAAGAUACAAAUCAUGAUCAACAUGAAAAACAUAACAAUUUAUCUGAUGUUUAUUAGUUUAAGUCUCCUGGCUUGAAUACGAAUGAAAUUAGACAUUAGGAAAUAUGUUAACUUACAGUUGUGCUCAAAAGUCUGCAAACUUUGUGAAAAUUUGCAAUAUGUGAACCAUUUUUUUAAAGAAAACAUGACUGAAAAGGCAUCUUAAUAUGGUGUGUUGCCCCCUGUAGUAUCAGUGAUGACAUGCAGUCUUUAGUAAUAAUUGUACAUGAGCUAAUUAACUCUCUCAGGUCGUAGAGCUGCCAAUUCGUCUUAGCAAAAUGCCAACAAUUUCCUGUAAAUGUUUUGUUGUCUUGCACAAACUACAAGUAUCAAUCUUUCCAAAGUGACUCAGUGAUAUUAAAGUUAGGAGACUGUGAUGGCCUCCAGAACCUUCACCUUUCUUUGCUGUAGCCACUGGAGGGUCAACCUUGCCUUGUGCUUUGAAUCGGUGUCAUGUUGGAACAUCCGAGAUCGUCCCGUGUGCAGCUUUCGUGCUGUAGAAUGCAAAUUAUCUGCCAGUAUUUUCUGAUAACAUGCUGCAUUCAACUUGAUAUCAAAUGUUCCUCACUCUCUGGAUCUCACACAGCCCCAAAACAUCAGGGAUCCACCACCAUGCUUUACAGUGGGGAUGGUGAACUUUUCACCGUAGACCUUGUUGACUCCUCACCAAACCUAGUGUUUAUGGUUGUGACUUUACAGUUCAGUUGUGAUCUCAUCACUCCACAUGACACAUGGUGUUCUUUCUUUCUCCUGGCAACCCGACCAUGCAGGACGUUUGUGUUCAAGUCCCUCCUUAUUGUGUCCCUUGAAACAACAACACUACUUUUUUCCAGAGCAGCCUGUAUUUCUCUCCAAGGUAUUUGUGGGUUUUUCUUUGUGCCCUGAACAAUUCUUCUGGCCAUAGUGGGUGAAAUCUUUCUCGCUAUAGUAUCAACAGAACAUCUUGUGUUCCAGCUCUUUAUCAGAGUUUAAACAGCACUGACUGGCAUGAGAUCUUUUUAGAUCCUUUUUCCUGCUUUAUAAAGUUCCUCUACCUUAUUACGCAGGUCCAUCUGCAGUUCUUUUGUCUGCCUCAUGGUGCAGUAUCCAGCCAAGUCAGUGCAUCACCUCAUGAGCUGAGAAACUCACUGACUACUUAUGUACAGACACUAAUUACAAUUACAAUGACUUACAGGUGUAGAAACGUCCCUUUCAUAGGCAUUUAAAGCUCUCUGUGUUGACCCGUGUGUUUAUAAUGUGGCCACACUUUAGAUCAGGUUGUUUAGGUGCUUUCAGUUAUCAUGAGGGUUUAAAAAGAAGUCAAACAACUAUGUGAUAAUUAAUGACUUCACAUGACCACGAUCCUUAAAUAUGAAGAAAUUCUUUUGCAUAUGAUCAGUCACAUUUUCCACAGAAAGUUCAACGAUUAACAAUUUCUUUCAGGGUUUGCAAGCUUUUGAGCACAACUGUAUUUCAAAAGUCCCGCCUCCUGUGGAAUAUGAUUGACAAGCGUGAGAGACGUAACACAGCACUAGUGAAAAUGAUGAUUUACACAUUAACAGCUAGUUUAUUUUUAGAAUUUACUUUUGAGAGAAGAAAAGCAUAAUUUUUUUUGGAAAUACAGAUGUGUAAUACGGAUGUAGGACGUUUACGGAGACGUAGUAAGCAGAGGCAUUUAUAAUAUUAAAGAGUCAGUGAGGAAAUCACACCUGCAUGUAGGCUUUGCUGGCCAAAGCCUGUGAUUUCACCGUGCGUAGGUUUGAUAGACGGCUUCGUUCCGCAGAGCCGAUCGUCUGAGAGUCUGGAGCAGAGCUCGCUAUUCUACGCCUCCAGCUGAAAAGAGAGAUGACUCUAUAAAGAUGUAAAGCAGUUCAUAAACAUGAGACACAUUUUCUGCACAGAGACUCCAGCAAUACUGAUUACUUCAGCUCAAACUUGCCAAUAAAUUCAUAAAUAAUUUUUUUGGCCAUAACCACUACUUCCUAUCGACCUGCAGCGACUGUGUAUUAUAAUGAGUUUCAUGAAUAAUUCAUAAAUUCUUUGUGGCUUCAUCCAAUCAUAGAGCAGGGAAAGGUUACAAGCACAUAUUCAGGAAAGUAGGAGGAUUUAUCAUCAGGGCCAUUUCAAGCUAUAAACAGUGGCUUAAGGCUGCUACGCUUCCAUUUCUUUAUAAUUAUUGAAUUAUUAUUUUUAAAAUGAAUUAAAUAAAUAAUUUAUUCACCUUAUUAGUAAAAAAAAAAAAUUAUAUAUAUAUAUAUGUCUAAAAAUAAUUAUUAAUAAAUGCAUUACGUUACAUUAAUAACAUUCAUCGGUUAAUUCAUAAUAAAAACAAAUAAAUCAUGACCUAUAUU